UGCUUUCGAGCAUCGUUAACUGCUGCUAACAGAUGUAAUAUUGACAUAAACUCGCCAACAACUCUUUUUUUUUUUUCUUACUUUCUCCUAGUUUGGCAGCAGAGAAGUAUCCGUGUUGCCUUCCAGCAACAUGGAAACCCGGCGGAGAGACACCAGGGAUAAUCCGUCGGUCAAGGCUAAUCUUCUUUCCAGGAUUUUUUUCUGUUGGUUGAAUCCCUUGUUCAGAAUCGGCCACAAGAGGAGGCUAAGAGAAGAUGACAUGUACAAGGUUCUUCCCGAGGACGCAUCGGACAGACUUGGGGAUGAGUUACAAUGGUACUGGAACCAAGAAGUCAAGAUGGCAGCAAAAGAUCUGCGCCAGCCCAAACUUACCAAAGCCCUCAUUAAGUGUUACUGGCGAUCGUACGCUCGCAUUGGAGUAUUCAUCUUCAUAGAGGAAAGCAUCAAAUUAGUUCAGGCGUGGCUACUUGGGAAGGUAAUUGAGUACUUUGAGAAGCCCAACGCCAGAAGCCCAGCUGCAGUCUACGAGGCCUACGGCUAUGCGGCUGGCAUCGCCAUGUCCACCUUUUGGGCGGCUCUGCUCCACCAUCUCUAUUUCUACCAGGUGCAAAGAGCAGGCAUGAAAAUCCGCGUGGCCAUGUGUCACAUGAUCUAUCGUAAGGCUCUCAGUCUUAACAACACAGCGCUAACAAAGACAACGACGGGACAAAUUGUCAAUCUAUUGUCCAAUGACGUCAACAGAUUUGAUGAGGUAACUUUGUAUCUACACUAUCUGUGGAUUGGUCCUCUGCAAACAGCCAUGGUGAUAGCAUUGUUGAUGUAUUGGAUCGGCCCAUCAUGCUUCGCGGGAAUAGCCGUCAUUUUUGUUCUGAUCCCAGUGCAGACCAUGUUUGGAAGACUGUUUUCCACUCUGAGGGCUGAAACUGCAGUCCUGUCUGAUGAUAGAAUACGCACAAUGAGCGAGGUCAUCACUGGGAUACGUGUUAUAAAGAUGUGUGGGUGGGAGAAAACUUUUGCUGCUCUUGUGGAUGAAGUCAGAAGAAUGGAGAUCUCCACGGUAAUGAAAAGUUCCUACCUGCGUGGCUUGAACAUGGCAUCCUACUUCGUGGCCAUCAAGAUCAUCAUCUUCAUCACUGUUUGCGUCUACGUGCUGACAGGCAACCAGCUGUCUUCCAGUACCAUCUUCAUGGCCAUGUCCCUCUACGGCGCCAUCAGACUGACCAUCACACUCUUCUUCCCUUAUGCCAUCGAGAAGGUGUCUGAGUCCCUCAUUAGCAUCCGCAGAAUCAAAACCUUUCUCCUUCUGGAUGAAGUUGCUCCUCAGCAUUUGGGGCUUCCUGUGGCAGAGAAGAAAGACGCUAUGUUGAAGAUUCAGGAUUUGAUUUGCUACUGGGACAAGAUUCAAGAGGCUCCAACCUUGCAGAAUGUGUCUUUCAACGUGAGGCCCGGUCAGCUGCUUGUUGUAAUCGGUCGUGUUGGAUCAGGGAAGUCUUCGCUCCUCAGUGCCGUCCUGGGAGAGCUGAGUCAGGAAAGCGGUGUGGUCAAAGUCAGGGGCGCUCUGACUUACACUUCCCAGCAGCCCUGGAUUUUACCCGGCACCAUUCAAAGCAACAUCCUGUUCGGCAAAGAGCUUAACCGCCAGAAGUACGACAGAGUCCUGAGAGCGUGUGCCCUCAAGAGAGACAUGGAGCUGUUGCCAGGAGGCGACUUGACAUCGGUCGGAGACAGAGGGUCUAACCUGAGUGGAGGACAGAAGGCGAGGGUCAGCUUGGCCAGAGCAGUGUACCAGAAUGCAGACAUCUACCUGCUGGAUGACCCUCUCAGUGCUGUGGAUGCUGAAGUGGGCAAGCACAUCUUUGAAGAAUGUAUCUGUGGACUUUUAAGGAACAAGCCGCGCGUUCUGGUCACUCAUCAGCUGCAGUAUCUGAAGGCUGCACAUCAAAUUGUUGUCUUAAAGGAGGGUCAAAUGGUGGUAAGUGGUACUUACGGCGAGCUGCAGAGCUCUGGUCUGGACUUCUCCUCGCUCCUCAAAGAGGAGGAGAGUCAAGAGGAAAGACAGAGCAUCGCCUUUCGCUACCCCCGUACGCUCUCUGAUGACUCUGUGUCCAUGUCCUCCUCCCACUGCUCUCUGAUGGAGGAAGAGCCACUCACACUGGCACCGCAGCCCACGGAGGAAGAAUGGCGCCCACAGGAAAACAUCGGCCUGCAAUUGUAUGUGAAAUAUUUCAGAGCAGGCGCCAACUUCCUGGUCCUCUUCCUCCUCAUUCUACUCAACGCUCUGGCACACGUGACAUUUGUGCUUCAGGACUGGUGGCUUGCUUGGUGGGCCUCCAAGCAGCAAAAGCAGCACGUGAACUUAACACAGCACCUCAAUGGCAGCCUCCCUGCACAACUGGACCUUGACCUGUACUUAAGUGUUUACGCAGGUUUAACGGCCGCAUCUGUGGUGUUUGGCUUCGUUCGCAGCCUGGUCUUCUUCAGCAUCCUGGUGAAAUCAGCCCAAACCCUCCACAACAGCAUGUUUGAGGCCAUACUUCGGACUCCUGUCCACUUUUUUGAAAUUAAUCCAAUUGGAAGAAUCCUCAACAGGUUCUCCAAAGACAUGGGCUACCUGGAUUCUGUGCUGCCAUGGACGUUUGUGGACUUCACCCAGGUGUUCCUGCAGGUCUUUGGAGUGAUUUUAGUGUCCUCCAUAAUCAUCCCCUGGAUCCUCAUCCCAUUUGUCCCUCUCUUCUCCGUUAUCCUGUGUCUGCGGCGCUACUUCCUCCAGACCUCCAGGGACAUCAAGCGCCUGGAGGCUACCACUCGGAGUCCCGUCUUCUCCCACCUUUCUUCUUCUCUUCAAGGCCUCAGCACCAUACGAGCAUUUAAGGUUCAGGAAUGGUUUCAGCAGAUGUUCGAUGACUAUCAAGACCUUCACUCAGAGGCUUGGAUCCUGUUCCUGACCACCUCGCGCUGGUUAGCUAUACGCCUCGACGGGAUCUGUUCUAUUUUCGUGGCAGUUACUGCUUUCGGAUGUCUCUACUUCAGGGAAGUAUUGGACCCUGGUGCAGUGGGCCUGGCUCUGUCCUAUGCGGUGACACUGACCGGCAUGUUUCAGUGGGGCGUUAGACAGAGUGCGGAGAUUGAGAAUAUGAUGACAUCCGUAGAGAGACUUGUGGAGUACACAGAGCUAAAGAGUGAAGCAGCUUGGGAGACCGACACAAUGCCACCCCCUGAUUGGCCCACCACAGGCUUCAUCACUUUUGACUCGGUCAACUUCUCCUACAGUGCCAAUGAUCCAUUGGUCCUCAAGAACCUGACUCUCGUCUUCACAUCCAGAGAAAAGGUGGGCAUUGUGGGACGAACUGGCGCUGGUAAGAGCUCUCUGAUAUCGGCCUUGUUCCGCCUGGCUGAACCCGAGGGCAGGAUAGUGAUUGAUGGUUUCCAGACGUCUGAUGUUGGUCUGCAUACUCUUCGCCAGAGGAUGUCCAUCAUACCGCAGGACCCAGUUCUCUUCACGGGCACCAUGAGGAAGAAUCUGGACCCUUUCAGGCAGCACACAGAUGAGGACCUGUGGAAUGCACUCCAAGAGGUGCAGAUGAAGGCCGUGGUGGAGGACCUGCCCAAUAAGUUGGAUACGAUGCUGGCAGAGUCAGGCUUGAACUUCAGCAUGGGCCAGAGGCAGCUGCUAUGCCUGGCCAGGGCCAUCCUGCGGAAAAACCGCAUCCUUGUCAUCGACGAGGCCACGGCCAAUGUGGACCCAAGAACCGACAGCCUGAUCCAGCAGACGAUCCGGGACAGGUUUCAAGAGUGUACCGUGCUCACCAUCGCUCACAGGCUCAACACCAUCAUUGACUGUGACAAAAUACUGGUUCUGGACGCAGGCAAAGUCCAAGAGUAUGAUGAGCCUUACGUGCUGCUCCAGAACGAGGACGGGCUUUUCUAUCAGAUGGUCCAGCAGACAGGCCGAGUAGAGGCUGCCUCACUGCUCAACACAGCCACACAGGUUCACAUGAACAAACGGCGGCCGGGAGAAUCGUGCCGCCUCAAGGAUGUAGGUGUCAUCUUUGAGACGUCUCUCUGACACUUUGGAGAGUAGCUUUGACCUCCUCUGCGCUCGCCAUUACAGAGCCCCGGUGGGAGGGUGUAUCCAUUUGACUACAGUGGAAUGUUUUUUUUUAAGGCGGCUGCAAUUUGAUGAGCUCAGGUGUGAAACAGACUGCGGGGCUGUGCCUUUAUUGAUAGCGUGAGUUGAUUGAUCGCACCUUGCAGUGUUAAUGUAUGGGCUCUCCGAGCCUCCUGGGAGGCUUCAAUCCUGUGCUGGUGCUCCAAAGAGUGCACACAUUAAAUGUAUGUGCACUGACUUUCUAGAUGCAGACUAUCUCUGCAUUAUUUGCACACACAAAAAAAAACGCUUCACAAGACAACGAGAAGCUCUAAUUUUUGUGCCUGCUUCUUUUGACUUCUUUGCACUUUUCUCAAUAAAUACUGUAGGUCUUCCUGCAUAAGUGACCAUAUGUCUACCUCAGCCCAGGGAAGAAGAGCACCAUGAAGUGUAGCAAAAAUGUCAUCUGCCUUGCCCACUGACUAAAAUGUUGCAUUUUAUUCUCUAAACUAUCUAUAUUCUGAGCAAAAAGUGGAAGAGAACACUUUUUUUGUAUUUGGGAUCCCCCAUAAUUCCAUGGAGGCACAGUGGAGAUAUUUAUAAAACAUUUUUACCUCUCUCUAAGCAAGCCUUUAGUGACUUAUUUUGCCUUAGUUACGUCAGCAUAUACACUAUAUUGCCAAAAGAAUUUGGCCACCCAUCCAAAGGAUGAGAAUCAGGUGUCCUAAUCACUUGUAUAAAAUCAAGCAUUUAGGCAUGGAGACUGUUUCUACAAACAUUUGUGAAAGAAUGGGCCGCUCUCAGCGUGGAACUGUCAUAGGAUGCCACCUGUGCAACAAAUCCAGUCGUGAAAUUUCCUUGCUCCUAAAUAUUCCAAAGUUAACUUUAUUAUAAGAAAAUGGAAGAGUUUGGGAACAACAGCAAGUCAGCAACCAAGUGGUAGGCCACGUAAACUGACAGAGAGGGGUCAGCGGAUGCUGAAGCGCAUAGUGCAAAGACUUUCUGUUGCUACAGAGCUCCAAACUUCAUGUGACCUUCCAAUUAGCCCACGUACAGUACGCAGAGAGCUUCGUGGAAUGGGUUUCCAUGGCCAAGCAGCUACAUCUAAGCCAUACAUCUCCAAGUCCAAUGCAAAGCGUGGGAUGCAGUGGUGUAAAGCACGUCGCCACUGGACUCUAGAGCAGCGGAGACGCCUUCUCUGGAGUGAUGAAUCACACUUUUCCAUCUGGCAAGCUGAUGGACGAGUCUGGGUUUGGAGGUUGCCAGGAGAACGCUACAUUUCGGACUGCUUUGUGCCGAGUGAAAUUUUGUGGAGGAAGAAUUAUGGUGUGGGGUUGUUUUUCAGGAGUUGGGCUUGGCCCCUUAGUUCCAGUGAAAGGAACUUUGAAUGCUCCAGGAUACCAAAACAUUUUGGACAAUUCCAUGGGUAGGCACUUCAAGUUCCUGUGUGAGUAAAGGCAGGUGGCCAAAUACUUUUGGCAAUAUAGUGUAUAGCAGUCCUGGGCAAUUAUUUGGACUCGGGGGGCCAACUUUAGAGAAAAAAAUGUGUCUGGGGGCCGGCAUAUCUGAUUUUUAGGAUCACUAAUGUCAUUUUUUUUACUGAAUGAGACACCCAAAAUGUACAUGCAAAUAAAGAAUUUGGGAUUUACAAUAUUAAAAAUGAACAAUAAAACACUGAAUAUUGACAAAAUAUUAAUGUCACACCCAGUCUCGAUCGACAUAUUUUAAAAUCAAGCGAAACGCAAAAAAAAUUUAACAAACAGCGAAAUAUGAACACGAAAGGGAAAAAAAACACUUAAUUAAAACAUGUUUUACGGGCCUUUACAUACAAGUGUACAACUAAGCUAACCACUAUUUACACUUGUAUGUUUAAACAACAAGUGUAAACAGAAGUCAAGCCCCAUUAAAUGGUAUAACACUUUUCCUUAAAGGGGGCGUGUUAUGAUUUUUUCCCCCUACAUUUAAAACACUUCUUGCGGUCUACAUAACAUGUAAUAGUGCUUCUUUGGUCCAAAUUUUGCACAUAUUGUGUUUUACAGACCAUUUUCAAGCCGCUUUCUGACAGUCUUGCGCCCUUUUAUGGUUACGUGCCUCCACUUCCCCAGCGUCCCCUCCCCAUCAGCCAUGUACUAGUUUUUAGUGCUUCUAUACUGACAACUUAAGAAGUAUUCAAUGUUUUUUUAUUGGAAAUGGCAACAAGGGAGGAUGUAUGUGCAUGUACGAGCCAGUCUGCCCCACAACAAGAAGGACCUAAUUGACUGCAACUUUUAACGACAACUAAAUAAAAAUGACAGACUCGCGCAAAAGUCUUGGGGUAAAUAUAUACCCUAUAUAGCAGACCUGGGCAAAUU